CCAGCAGCAGCAAUUGCAGAAAAUGCAGCAGCAGCAGCAGCAGCAGCAGCAGCAGCAGGUUCAGCAGCAGCAGCAGGUUCAGCAGCAGCAGCAGGUUCAGCAGCAGCAGCAGGUUCAGCAGCAGCAGCAGGUUCAGCAGCAGCAGCAGGUUCGGCAGCAGCAGCAGGUUCAGCAGCAGCAGCAACAGCAGCAGCAGCAACAGCAACAGCAACAAUACCAAAUGAGUCUGCAGCAGAGAAGGCCAGUAGGAGCUGAAGGUCUAGCAUCACUCUCUCAGGCAACUUCUCAACAAGCAGCUAUGAGCAGAGCUUCAUAUCGAGGUGCAGAGAAAGCUAGAAAUGGGAGAGAGGUUAAGCAGCAACCAAUGACUGAGGGCCUUGUACAUGCUAUGGGAGCCAUGGGAUUGGAAUAUAGUAGUGGAAAUGGUUAUGAUAAGGGUGGAGAGAAUGGCAGUAACGAUGGAGGAAAUGAUAGAUCAGUUGGCAGAGGUGUGAUGCGUGGCCGGGCAGAGAUUGAUCGGAUUAUUUGUACUAAGCCUGCAUCAGUCCCAGUAAAGAGAGGCACCGCAGGGCAAAGUGUGACAUUGUUGACGAAUUACUUCAAUUUAAUAAAAAAACAAGACUGGAUGUUAUGUCUGUAUCAUGUAUACUUUAACCCAGAUGAGGAGCGGACAAGAGUGAGAAAACAACUUGUACGACAGUUUCAAGAAGUACUGGGUGUGAACUAUGUUUUUGAUGGUAUGCAGCUUUAUCUUCCCAUAAAACUUGGAUCAGAGGUUACAGAGCUGGCUUCCAGACGAGAAUCUGAUGGCACAACUUAUCAAGUGAAGAUAAAGUUCAUCAAAGAGAUAAGUCCCUUAGAUGCUCAGUAUUUGCAGAUAAUGAAUAUUAUUCUACAACGAUGCCUGGAUUUUCUUGGUUUCCAAUCAAUAGGGCGCAACUAUUUUAACAGUAAAGCUGAAAUACGUGAUGAACGAUACAAAAUUGCACUAUGGCCAGGGUUUAGUACAAGUAUUCGCCAGCAUGAAAACUUACUUCUUAUGAAUGUUGAUCUAAAGCAUAAAUUCCUUAGAAGAGAUACAGCUUAUGAAGUGUUACGAAAAUGUAUAGUAAAUGGGAAAAGUGAAGCUUCCAGACAACUACUGGGAUCCAUUGUGAUGACCAGGUACAAUGAGAGAACUUAUCGAGUGGAUGACCUGGAUUGGAAUAUAAAUCCUACCUCUAGAUUUCCCUACAAAGGGGGAGAGAUCACAUAUAUGGAAUACUAUGAAAAGAAUUAUCAAGUAAAGAUUCGUGAUCCCAAGCAACCAAUGCUUUUGUCAAAGCCGAAGAAACGAGAUUUACGGAGAGGUUUUGGUUACAUUUAUCUUGUGCCAGAAUUGUGUCUAAUGACAGGACUUUCAGAGGAAAUGAGGUCUGACUUCAGUAUGAUGAAGGAUCUUGCUCAGUACAUGCGGAUUGGCCCUGAUAAACGUAUUCAAGCCUUAGUACGUUUCAACCAAGACUUGUCAGCCAAUAAAAAAGUUAGAGAAGAGAUGACCCACUGGGGUCUACAGCUGUCUUCAUCCUUGAUGAAAGUACAAGGGCGUAUACUGCCUGAGGAACAGAUCAUAGUAGGAAAGCAUAGUAUUAGCUUUAAUCGUAAAACCUCCGACUGGUCUAAAGAGAUGCGCUCAAUGGUACUCAAUACACCUGUUGAUCUUCAGAACUGGGCAGUUAUCUACCCAUUGAAAUUUAAUGAUGAUGCACAUGAACUGAUUACUUGUUUGCAGCGUGUUGGAGCACCCAUGGGCAUAAAUAUUAGCAGUCCUGCCAGAUUUACUUUGCAUGGUGAUAGUGCUCAGGAAUAUGUAAGUUUAUUGAACCAGUGUGCCGGAAAACAACUUGUUCUGGCAAUUCUACCGAAUAAUCGGGCUGAUAGGUAUAGUGCUAUCAAACGCCACCUCAGCAAUAAAAUGGGCAUUCCUAGUCAGUGUAUCCUGAGCAGAACACUCUUCAAAAAGCAGCGUCUGAUGUCAGUAGCCACAAAAGUUGCUAUUCAGAUUAAUUGCAAACUGGGUGGUGAUCCAUGGAGUGUCGCAGUCCCCAUUAAGAAUGCCAUGGUUAUUGGAUAUGAUGCCUACCAUGAUAGAGUCAAACGUAAUACUUCAUACGGUGCGGUCGUGUCCUCCUUAAAUCAGCCAUGGACCCGUUACCUCUCCCAAGCCGCCCGCCAUGUUAAUCAGGAAGAGCUGACUGAUAAUUUUGCAUUAGGAGUUAAAAGUAAGUUCAUUAUAUAG